AUGAAAAAGAGUUUACAGGGCUUAGAUAGUUAUGCAGAGGAGGGCGGGCGUGGUUUUGAUGAGCUAAUUUCCCUCCUGGAUACGAUGAUGCAGUAUGGUGCUAACGAUCCUGAAAUGCACAAGCUAAAGAUCAGUCUUAAACAUCUCAAACAGUACAUCAAAAGUGAUUACAAGGUAUGUUUCCGAGUAUUUCAUACCGCCUCUUAAUAGAACGUAACCACAUGCCUCUUUUCUCCGCAGAUCCAUUUUCGAUCCAUGGUUAGUUCUGUACCUGAACAUUGACGAUAAAUUGAAAUCUGAGGCUUUUAAUGAUUUCUUUGUCAAUAUCGGGGCAAAACUUGCAGCUGAAAUUGAAGAUAAUUCCCUCAACACAAAUUCUUUUGCUCGCGGAGAUUCUAGGCCUACUACCGACUCCAAUCUUUUUUUCAAAUUUUCUGAAAUUAACGAGGACGAAGUAACAUAUCAAUUGCGUAGUCUCAAAAUUUCAAAAUCCACAGGAUUAGAUAACAUCCCUGCUAAAGCCCUUAAAAUAUCCGCGGACAUUGUUGGUCCGCCAUUAACUUGGAUAUUUAACCUUUCGAUCAAAAAAGGAGAAUAUGUGGAUGAAUGGAAAAAAGCCUGA